AGGAAUUCGUGAUUUUUUUUUUUUUUUUUUUUUCAAAAAUUGUUGAUUAAAAUUUGCGAUGGAACCCGAUAGCGCUCUGUGGAAGCAAUCGUCUCUGGCGCCGGAAAAGGAGUACGAGGAACUUGAUGACGUGGACUCCGAGCACGAAGAGAGUGAUGUGGAAGACAUAGAUUCAGGUCUGAAGCUGAUGUACUUGGUGAAUGCGGGUGAUUUGGACAGCAUCAAGGAGCUUCUGGACUCUGGUGCUGAUGUCAACUUCAGGGACAUCGAUCACCGGACAGCACUCCAUGUUGCUGCAUGCCAGGGGUAUGAUGACGUGGCACACUUGUUGCUCCAGAACGGGGCGCUGGUCGACGCCACCGAUCGCUGGGGGAGCACGCCACUUGCAGAUGCCAUACAUUAUAAAAACCACGUCGUGAUCAAACUACUGGAGAAACUCAGUGCUAAGAAUUUGAUGGCUCCCAUGCAUGUUGAAGAUGUUCGUGAGGUACCUGAGUACGAGAUUCCUCCAACUGAACUUGAUUUUACCAACAGUAUUGAAAUAACUAAGGGAACCUAUAGAAUAGCCUCGUGGCGUGGAACCCAAGUCGCUGUAAAAACGUUCUGGGAAGGAAUUGCUGACGAGGAUAAAGUAACGGCAUUUCGAGACGAGCUUUCGUUGCUUCAGAAAGUGAGACAUCCAAAUGUUGUUCAAUUUCUUGGUGCUGUUACACAAAGCAGUCCUAUGAUGAUCGUGACGGAAUACUUGCCUAAGGGUGACCUUCAUGAAUAUUUGAAAAAGAAAGGUGCACUAAAACCUGCUACGGCUCUCAGAUUUGCUAUGGAUAUUGCCAGGGGAUUGAACUAUCUGCAUGAACAUAAACCUGAGGCAAUUAUUCACCGUGAUCUUGAACCUUCGAAUAUCUUGCUGGAUGAUUCGGGACACCUCAAAGUUGCGGAUUUCGGAGUUAGUAAGCUUCUUCAAGUUGCUAACAGCAUUAAAGAAGACAAGCCUAUUACUUGUCACGAUACUUCUUGUCGUUAUGUGGCUCCUGAGGUUUUCAGAAACGAAGAGUACGGCACUAAAGUCGAUGUUUUCUCAUUUGCAUUAAUUCUGCAAGAGAUGAUCGAAGGAUUCCAACCGUUUUAUACUAAAGAAGAAUUUGAAGUACCGAAAUCUUACGCUUUAAAAGAACGCCCUCCUUUUAAAGCCUCCGCGAAGCAUUAUGCCCAUGGAUUAAGACAUUUGAUUGAGGAGUGUUGGAAUGAAAAUCCGGCUAGCAGACCGACAUUUAAGAAAAUUAUUCCUCGUCUUGAGGCCAUUUACAAUAGAUUCGGCCAUAGAAAAAGUUGGAAGGUGAUGAGGCCGUUGAAAUGCUUUCAAAAUCCGGAUUGGAAGAAAAACGGGUCGAGUACAGGUAGUCGAAGCCAUUCGUCUCGAUCCACCGGUGGAUUCUAAACACUAAGUAGUCAUUUUCAUAAGAAGGUACAUUUUCUUUUAAGACAAAACAUCUAUUGUGAUUUGUGUGAAUUUAUUUAGGAUUAAAAAGUGAAGAAUUUCGACACGUUUUAUUGGUUGUGGGGCUCGGAAUAAGUGAUAAGCCACUUAUUCUUUGUGCUGUUCUUGUAUUUAAAUUUGUGUAAUAUAUUGAAUAUUUAUUGCAAUAAAGAGUCUAAAGUGCAAUUUUUCAUGUAUUUA